UACGUGGCGGUUCCUUCAGAUGUCGCUGAGAGCCAAUCAGAUGCCUCCAGGUCACAGGCGUCGUGUUCGUAGCAGAAGACAAGAUGGCGGCCGCGAGGAACGGAAAGAACGGACUCCUGGAGAAAUGGAGGAUCGAUGAGAAACCAGUGAAAAUAGAUAAAUGGGACGGAGCCGCUGUGAAGAACUCGCUGGAUGACGCUGCGAAGAAGGUGCUGCUGGAGAAGUACGGUUACGUGGAGACCUUCGGGCUGGUGGACGGUCGUCUGGUGAUCUGCACCGUCUCCUGUCUGUUCGCCAUGCUGGCUCUGGUCUGGGACUUCCUGCACCCGUUCCCAGAGUCCAGGCCGGUCCUGGCCUGCUGUGUCAUCUCGUACUUCAUCAUGAUGGGGAUCCUGACCCUCUACACCUCCUACAAGGAGAAGAACAUCUUCCUGGUGUCUCUGCAAAAGGAUCCAGCUGGAAUGGAUCCGGAUCACAUGUGGCAGCUCUCCUCCUCCCUCAAACGGUUUGAUGACCAGUACUCUCUCAGAGUUUCCUUUUCUGAUGGAAAGUCCAGGAACUUCCGUGAAGCCGAGUUCACGAAGUCUGUGUCAGCGUUCUUCGAUGAGAACGGGACUUUGUCCAUGGACCAGUUUGAGAAGAGCGUUUCUAAACUUCACGACACGCUGGCCUCCGACAAGAAGACCAAAUAACCACUGGAUCAAUACGGCAAAUCACAACAACCCUUCAGACCGGAUGUUUUCCACCAAUCACAACGUGACAUCAGUGGUGGGCGGAGCCUCUAAUGGAGCAGACUCACCUUUGAGGUCACAUGGGUGGAAACGAGCAGCCUGAUUGGUCACAGUGGCUUCCUGUGGCAACAUCAGAUUAGCAUCAUUAGCAUCAUCAUGAGUGAAACAACCAUGCUAACAUGUUGCUGCCUUACAACAGGAAGUGAGAACUUUACUUUGAAUGUUUUUCUUUUAAUUUCUCUGUAACGUCUGUGAGUUUGUGAAUUAUUAAAGAUGGAGGUUGUUACAGAAA